UCUAUUGUCCAUCUGAGUUUUCCCCUCGAAGCAAAAUGAAUGGAGAAUUACAUAAAUGGGUGCAAAUUUUGGUUUGUAUGCUGAUUUUGUUGAAAGCCGAAAGCUUCUUUGUUGAUAUUACAUAUGUUCAGAGUGCUGUUGCAAAAGGAGCAGUUUGUUUGGAUGGAAGUCCACCUGCAUACCAUUUUGACAAAGGAUCUGGAGCUGGAAUUAACAAUUGGUUAGUUCACAUUGAGGGAGGAGGAUGGUGCAAUAAUAAAACGACUUGCUUUGCACGAAAAAGCACUCGAUUAGGAUCUUCCAAGCAAAUGGCUAAGCAAGUCGUGUUUUCUGGGAUUUUCAGUAACAAGCCGAAGUUCAACCCUGAUUUUUACGAUUGGAAUCGGAUCAAAGUUAGAUACUGUGACGGGGCUUCGUUUACUGGUGAUGUAGAAGAAGUUGAUCCGACCACAAAACUUUACUAUCGAGGGGCGAGGAUUUUUGUUGCUAUAAUCGAGGACUUGUUAGCGAAAGGAAUGAAGAAUGCUCAAAACGCAAUUCUAUCUGGAUGCUCGGCCGGAGGGUUGACUUCGAUUCUCCAUUGUGAUAACUUCAAGUCUCUUCUUCCUCUCGGCACUAAAGUAAAAUGCUUUGCCGAUGCUGGUUUUUUUAUAAAUGCGAAAGAUGUCUCGGGAGCUUCACAUAUUGAAGGUUUUUAUAACGACGUUGUGACAACGCAUUUCAUAAACGCAAUAAGCGGAUUAGCCUUGUCCACAUCAAAAGGAUACUUCAUCAACUCGUGUUACGCGCAUUGCCAAACCGAAACACAAGAAACGUGGCUCCGUGGCGACUCCCCUGUGUUAGACAACAAGUCAAUUGCGAAAGCAGUUGGAGAUUGGUAUUACGACAGAAGUCCGUUCAAGAAGAUUGAUUGCCCGUACCCUUGUGACAAAACCUGUCACAACCGGGUUUUCGACAAUAAUGAGCACCCGUUGAUAUAG